UCAGCGUACAGACGUUGACUGCAUGGAACAGUAGUUGUCACACUUCGGGGACUCGUCAUCUGAGAACAGCACUGGUGUCCACAGCUCUAUCCUAACUUCCUGAUAUAAUAUUCAACAUGGGUCACAGGGUCGCACAGAUAAGCAUUAUGGUCGUAUCGUUUCUUGCGGUCGAGACAGCUGCGGGUAGCCUGGACCGUAACAAACUACUGGAGUACAACCAGACCAAGGACUGGUACGCCCUGCGCGUCUACCUGACCGAGGCGCUGACGGGGAACAACACCGCCGCCUACUUGGAGAUGGAGGGGAUCCCGUCCUCCGAGAACGCGCCGAUGCAUCUCAUCGGGCGGGAGGGCUACGACGCGCUGGCGGACGAGCUGGCGAUCCCCGAGUCGGGCGCCGAUCUCGUCGACAGCGCGGGCUACACCAUGCUGCACGGCGCGGCCAUCGGCGGCCGGGUUGACACGGCGCGGCUGCUGCAGGCGCACGGAGCCGACCUCGAGGCCAGGGACCGCGACGGCAGCACCGCGAUGCUCCUGGCCGCGCGGCACGGCUCCCUCCCGCUGGUGCGUUACCUCACCAUCCGCGGCGCUGACGUCAACGCCGAGAACCGCCAGAGGCAGUCGGCGCUCUAUUGGUCGGUGUACAAUGGCGACCAGGCGAUGCAGGCUUGGCUGGUAGAUCACGGGGCUGUCAUUCCCACAGCAGGAUGGUCGGCGGUGUAGCGUGGAGGCCGUCCGCACUCUCUGGGAUACUGCAGUAGUUUCGGCAUUGCUAUGGUACAUAUCUAUUAUUGUAUUGUAGUAACAUAUAGCUGUGUAUCUGAGAUAUUACAUAAUCUCAACAGUGUAUUAGGCCUAUACAUGUACUUCAUGUUAUUAUACCACAUUUGGGUUUAUGAUUAAGUGCACACAGAACAUACAGUUUUGUGUAAUAUGUAAUAAUUGUUGUAGUAUGGGUUAUUAUAUUUUGCAAAGGUACUUUUACAAAGGAUUGUAUACUUAUAUUAGUAAAUAAACUGUAGAAUUGUCAUCAUCACUUAUUUCUCUAGUAUAAAAAAAUUAAUUCGCUCUUCUGUGACAUUGUUUGGAAAACCAUUAUUAACAUGACCAGAUUUUAAUGCAGCAAUAUUUUUAUUAAAAAAUUUCAAAGGUUGUUAUCUAAAUAAACUUGCAUUAAAGUCACGUCAUUAUAGAGAAAAUAAUUUUAUACAUUUUGGUCGUAUUUUCAAAGGUGACAUUUGCAUAAGUAUAAAAACCCAGCAACCUUGAAGAUUGUGGUUCCAAUUUUGAGUGAAAAAUAGGAACUUAUUUUUUCAUCUACAAAGGGACUAUAAACUUCCAUUAAAGUUAUUAAUAAAAAUAAUGGUAGUGCUAUUGAAAAUUAUUAAAGAAUGAUUCCCUUUCUAUUGUAGAUUGGUUUACACAGUUUGAAGGCUAUGAAUUUCAUUAUUUUUUUAAUUUAAAUUUAAGGGUUUUUAAUGCAUAGGUUUUAUUCAAGAUAGUAUCUGAAAAUAUUUUCUGCCUGCUACAAAAAGGAUCUAAAUAUUUAAACACAAAUAAAGUAAUUUGUAUCAUUAUACUCUACACAAUAUAUCAUGAAAAAAAAUAAUGAUAUCUCCCCCUUAGUAAAAAAAAAUAUUUAAUAUAAAAGUUACAACUUUUUAAGUACACAGAAUCUUCUGAAUCCAAUACAGCAUCUUAAGACUUAUAUCACUUCACCUUAAAGAUAAAGAUGAAAUUGAGAAACUAAAUUUCGAUUAACAUUUUGAUGUAGAGUAUGUGAAACAAUAAUCCCCGAAACUAUUAGGAUUUUGUUAUUAAGUAUCCUCUUAUAUGGAACGAAUCUGAUCGAGAUCAGAUAAACAUGAAAAAAAAAAUGUUUUAUCCAGCAGGAGAGACUGUGACUUGUUAAAAUAAUACAGUGUCUUGCAACAAAACCUUCGAGAGCAAUAGCUUUAAAUCAUUUCCCUGCAAGCUUAAAAUAUCUGCUCAUGCAUAAGAAAUAAGACCCCUGGUCGUAAAUACAAAACCAGAAAAAAUACAUGAACUGUAGCCGGACGGUAAUAGGGGCUGCAGGAAGGUAUCUAAGUUCGGGAAAUAUUAGUAAAGAAAUGUUAGCAAACUCGUAGGAUCAGGGAGGAAGAUUAAUAGAUUUUUUUUCUUUUUAGAAGACAUGAAAUCAUAUUGGCUUAUGAUAAAGAACAAAAAAUAUGUUCCUAUAUGACAUCCGGAGGGGCUUGUAUUAGAAAGAGGGUGGUGGCUCCAUUCUCUUCCAGACCAUCCCUGUAUGGCAGCUCUUGUUUAGUCGAAGUUACAUGAGGAAGAAUUUUUAAGGGACGAGCAUACCAGAAAUCCUUUUUAGUUGAAUGAUCCGUGCUCACUUCGUAUCCGCACUUAUCCUCUCCCCAAUACCAUUCACCUAUCAACCAAGCAUUGUGUUUGCAGAGAUCUUUGCAUACUUACUAGCAUAAAUUACAAAAUUUCAGGUG